AUGCGCAUAAGCCAUGUGCUUUCUGGUAGAUACUACAAUGUAUAUAGGACAGUGAAGACAGACGCUGCGAUCUACGAAGCCAACCGCAUCGCUGCCGCCAAAGCGAAACGUGAAGCCCGCAAAUCACAACUUCGCCCAGUAAGCAACGCCGCCGCACAACCGCUUCCAACGUGUCCUCGAUGUCAACGGACAUUCCGGGCUCGAAUCGGACUUGUUGGACAUCUUCGGAAUAACUGCGCCUCUCGAACGGCACCAACCAUCGUCCCCCCGCCUGCCUCUCCCUCCUCCUCUCCGCCGCCAAAUAACCCACCACUUCCAUCAUCCUCCUCCUCCUCAUCCUCCUCCUCAUCCGCCUCCUCCUCGCCCACUGCUCCAACGGCGGCCGCUCAGGCGACUGUCCCACGCACAGCAACCGACACUACCACCACCUUCCCCGACUCCAGGGAUGAGGAUCAGGACUACACCUGCCCUCACUGCGACCGUACUUUCACCUCACACAUCGGUCUGGUCGGUCACUUGCGAAUCCAUCGCACAGAGACUGGCGAACCAGUGCCUGGAGCACCCACCUAUACCCAUCAAGCUCGUCUCAACUGCCCACACUGUCCUCGCACUUUCAGACAUCGCAUGAGCCUAUUCGGCCACAUGCGCAUCCACGACGACCUGCGGUAG